AUGCCUUUCACGCCGGGUAUGCACAUGCGCACGGGUUUCAGUGGACUUGUGUCCAGAGCCGCCGCCGGCGUCGACAAGUACAGGGUCAGUAAGCGUACCCAGGGGCACGGGACUCAGGGUGCGGCUAACAGCAACCACCACGACCGCAGGGUUGGACGUGACGAUCCGCACGGAUCUCGCAGCCAGACCAACGUUGAGCCAACCAGGAGCGUUGCUGAGAGGGUGAGGUUCAACGGCACAGCGCGCACCCGAAACAGCAUUCACAGCUUUGGCAGCACCAGGCCCAAGGCCAAGGAACAUGCCACCGGCGAGCCUUCGACCACGCCGCUGGACUCGAGCAGUCCGUCUGGCCGCGGCAGGAAGUUCGGAGACGUCCUCGAGAACCUCCAAAGCGACCCGUCCCGCUGCCAGCGCCUAGGCGACCGCAAAUACCGCAGGAGCGCCUUCAGCUUCGGCACCGUCUUCACCACGGCGCACCACACGGCGGCGGGGAAGCCCGACGACCCGGCGUACACGACCGCGACCCUCCACUGCGGCCGCGUCUACUCCAAGCACCGCAAGUUCAUCGUGGUCGAGUGCAACGAGGCGUCGUUCGUCGCGCUGCCCAUCUACACGUGCAACGGCGCGGGGCUGUCCAAAAAGUCGAGCCGCGAGAUCCCCGAGUACAUGGACGUCAUGGACCGCCGGGUCGGGAUCCCGGGGCCGGCGAACGGGGUGUACGGGCGGCUGUUUUGCGUGGCCGACGGCGAGAGCGAGGACGCGCCCGUGCUGCUGCGCGACGACCAGAUCCACCACGGCCGCGUCGGCGCCAAGGGUAACGCCUGCGUGCACCUGACGGAGCCCUUUUCGUUCCGCUACGGCGUCCGGUCGCGCAUCGAGGCCCAGCUGACCGACGACUCGGCCCAUCUGCUCCGCCAGGUGAGGGCCACCAAGAUGGCCGCCGGCAGCUUCAAGGUGCUGCAGGGCCUGGGCCCGGAUCAUCUGCUCGACCUCUUGGGGCGGAUGGUCCAGGCAGACUUUGUCGAGAAGCUCGCGCAGCUGCGAGCGGAGAGCCUGGUCAAGAUGAGGGCGCCGAACCCACUCGAAGCUGUUAAUGCCGAACUAGAAGAGGGCGAGAUCGCGUGA